AUGAUGCGUCUCUUUUCAGUCGUAUUGCUGGUUGUUGCCGCAUUUCUAGCGUGCGCCGCAGAGGAUACAACCUCGAUGAGGUUCACCCGCGGUUAUCUUGAUGAGAAAGACAGUGCUCCAGUUCAAAGGCUCUUGAGGGCCUACGACAACGGGAAUGACGAAGAGAGAGCUCCUAUUGGUAACGCCUUGAAUUCUAUUGUGACCAGUACAUCGAAGGCCAUCGACUCCGCUAAGCUGAAAGUGUUUUUGCUCAAGAAAAGUAGCGGGGACGUCGUCAUGAACAGCUUAAAGUUCGGGGACGAUGCGGCAGCUGCUCUAGAACAUUCUAAAAUGAAGACUUUGAAUACGUACGUCACGAAGUUUAACAAGAAGAAUCCGGACAAGGCGGUCGGGACCCUCACGACCCGCUACGGAGACGAUGCUUUGGCGAGAUAG